AUGCGUGCAGCCACACCGCAGACUCUCAGUUGGCUCCGCGCCAUUGUGCGCCGUGAGCUCAACGCCCCUACGCUUUCACCCAUCGCCUCCCGGCCCUCCCACCUCCGCCUCCGCACCUCCGCCGCUCUCUCUGUUCCAGUAUCGCAUGCCAGCGCAUUCAGCACGACGUCCAUACGAUCGCAGGACUCGGAGCCUUCAUCAUCAUCUUCAACUGCUCCAGCUUCGGCUGCGGCGCAAAGUCACACGCACUAUACCUUCUUCCCAAAGACGCUUCCGCAAGGACCGCCGCCAUCGGGACCAUUCGCAAUCGACCUUCGCGCGCUACGCAACGAGUUCAUACAGCUACAAGCAGCAGCACACCCGGACCGACAACCUGGGGGUUCGGAUAAGCGACGGGCAGAGGCGCUGUCGGCGCGCAUCAACGAGGCCUACCGCACGCUGCAGAGCCCGCUGCUGCGGGCGCAGCACCUACUACACCUGCGCGGCAUCGACGUAGCCGAGGAUGAGCGGUUGAAGGUGGAGGACCCUGAAUUGCUCAUGGAGGUGCUGGAGGCGCGCGAGGCAAUCGAAGAAGCGGAGACUGAGGAGGAAGUGUUAGCAAUGAAAGAGAGCAAUGAGGAAAAGAUCAACCAAAGCGUGGCGGUGCUGGAUAAGGCAUUCAAGGAAGAUGAUGUCGAGACGGCGAAGAGCGAGGCGGUGAAGCUGAGAUAUUGGGUCAACAUCAAAGACAGUUUGGAUUCGUGGGAGCCGGGGAAGCCAGUGGUUCUGCAGCAUUAG